CCAACAUUCAUGACAGUACUGUAAGCAAGAAGAAGGAAUUACACGAGCGGGGCGUUUCGUAACAAAUUUCGAGAGAGAACUCACACCUGAGAAACAUUCGCCAUUUGCCGCGUGGAUGUUAUGUGAAUAUGUUCUGACGACUUACAAGCGCUGGUUCGCUUGAUGAAGAUGUUUUUAGUGAAAAGAACGCGAAUUAAACUUGAAGGGGUGAUGAAAACAAACAACCCCUUUUCGACACUGAUUCUCAGGAUAUGCAUUUUGUGGCUUGUGAUAGAUUGUGCUGCUGGUCAGUGCAACUGUACCGGGACGUCAUGUGACACCAACUGUACUGCUGGACAGUACCUGGAGAAUGGACAAUGCCUGACCUGCCCGACUGGACACUACUGUACGGGAGGCACUGCCUACAAGGUGGCAUGCGGAGCCGGCAAAUACAGGGCUACAACAGGAGCAACAACUGCCUCCAACUGUCAGAACUGUGCUUCUGGAGAGAUCAGUGGAGUUGGGGCGUCCGCGUGCACGCCGUGUCCAGCCGGCAAGAUCUGCAGUGGUGGCUCCAUCUCCGGUGACUGUCCCUCCGGGGAGUACGCCCUUGAAGGUGAUGCUACUUGCACGGCCUGCCCCACUGGAAGCAUCUGCCCGACAGUCACAGGGCCGCCACAGAGCUGUGCAGUAGGGACUGAACCUGACAGUGCCAAGACAGCAUGUCAAGACUGCACGUCAGGAAACUACAGAGGGGUCUCCGAUACAUCCUGCAAGACUUGUCCUAAAGGGAGCAAAUGUCCUAGUGCGAAACUGUCUGCACCCAUCACCUGCCCAUCAGGAGAGUACCAGACAAGCACUGGUCAGACUUCCUGUCAGGACUGCCCAGCAGGAAGUGAAUGCUCCGAUACAACAAAGGCUACUCAGUGUCUGGCCGGGCAGUACGCUCCAGCCAAGUCCACCGCCUGCACUGCUUGUCCAACAGGUAAAUACAGCAGCUCUGCAGGAUCAUCGUCUUGUACGCCAUGUGUUGCGGGGGAGGACUGUGACAAGAGGAACGUUGCACCGUCAUCGUGCGCUGCCGGGACAUACAACCCAGGAGGGAAUGAUGGAUGUCUGGCUUGUAGUGAAGGUACAUACAGUCUAGCUGGCGCCAGCACCUGCACAUCAUGUGACCCAGGCUACGAUUGUCUGGAUCGUAACUCCGCCCCCUCCCAGUGUGCAGCAGGGACCUAUAACCCUGGUGGCAACACUGGAUGUCUCACGUGUCCAGAAGGUCAAUACAGUCUCGCAGGGGCGAGUUCAUGUACUUCCUGUGUGGCUGGCGAUGACUGCAUCAACAGAAACGCCGCCCCCUCCCCCUGUGCGGCGGGGACCUACAAUCCCGGGGGUAAUCCUGGCUGCCAGGCAUGCAGUGAAGGUACCUACAGUUCAGCAGGAGCAGGGUCGUGCACAACAUGUGACCCAGGCUACGACUGUGCCGUCCGUGACGCCGCCCCCACCCAGUGUGCAGCAGGGACCUACAACCCCGGGGGCAACACUGGCUGUCUCACCUGCCCUGAAGGUUACUAUAGCAACUCAGGAGCCAGUAACUGUACAAUCUGCCCUCCUGGCAAGGACUGCAGCAAUCCUGCAGCAACACCUUCAGAUUGUGCUGCUGGGACGUACAGCAGGGAGGGGGAUGUAGCAUGCACAAACUGUGGAGCAGGAAACUACAGCGACACUGGAUCAAGCUCCUGCACUCCAUGCCCUGAAGGCAAGGACUGCACUGAUCCUGCUCUCCCCUUGGCAUCUCUGCCCGACUGUCCAGCAGGAACGUACAGCCGACAAGGGGACAUGGGGUGCUUCAACUGCAACUCGGGACACUACAGUGCGGCUGGAGCUGCUGUGUGUAUUAUCUGUACUGCUGGGAAGAACUGUUCAAGCGCUGUUGGAUCAGCCCCUGUUGAUUGUGCUGAGGGUUACUUUAGUAAUGAAGGAGAUGUGACCUGCUCACCCUGUGAGGCUGGCUACUACAGUUCUCCAGGAUCUGGAAGCUGCAGCAUCUGUUCUGGAGGUCAGGGUUGUUCUGGUAACACUGUGAUUACAUGCACUGCAGGCACAUACAGCAAAGAGGGUGAACCUACCUGUAAGAAUUGCCUCUCAGGGUAUUACAGUAAGACUGGAGCAGCCCAGUGCACAAUCUGUCCAGCAGGAAACGAUUGCACAGACCCAGCUAUCUCAGGGAUCAGUCCACCAGACUGUCCAGUAGGUUCAUUCAGCCAAGAAGGAGAUGCCGGCUGUACAUCGUGUGGACCAAGUCACUACAGCUCGGCAGGAGCUAGCGUGUGUAUCAUCUGUCCAGCUGGUCAAAGUUGCAGUGGAACUGUUGUGACUGAUUGUGUGGCAGGGACAUACAGCAAGGAAGGGGAGUCAAAUUGUACCACCUGCCUGUCAGGAUAUUACAGUGAGGCUGGAGCAGCCCAGUGCACAAUCUGUCCAGCAGGAAAGGAUUGCACAGACCCAGCUGUCUUAGGGAUCAAUCCACCAGACUGUCCAGCAGGUACAUUCAGCCAAGAAGGAGAUGCCGGCUGUACAUCAUGUCCAGCAAGUGACUACAGCACUCCUGGUUCUAGUUCCUGCACAAUAUGUCCUUCAGGUAAAAGCUGCUCAGGAAACACACUUGCCGACUGUGACGCAGGAACCUACAGCAAGGAAGGAGAAGUAAACUGCACAACUUGUUUACUUGGGUAUUACAGUAAGACUGGAGCGGCCCAGUGCACAGUAUGUCCCUCAGGAAAGAAUUGCACAGACCCAGCUGUCUCAGGGAUCAAUCCACCAGACUGUCCAGAAGGUUCAUUCAGCCAAGAAGGAGACGCCGGCUGUACAUCGUGUGGACCAAGUCACUACAGCUCGGCAGGAGCUAGCGUGUGUAUCAUCUGUCCAGCUGGUCAAAGUUGCAGUGGAAUUGUUGUGACUGAUUGUGUGGCAGGGACAUACAGCAAGGAAGGGGAGUCAAAUUGUACCACCUGCCUGUCAGGAUAUUACAGCAAGGCUGCAGCAGCCCAGUGCACAAUCUGUCCAGCAGGAAAGGAUUGCACGGACCCAGCUGUCUUAGGGAUCAAUCCACCAGACUGUCCAGCAGGUUCAUUCAGCCAAGAAGGAGAUGCCGGCUGUACAUCAUGUCCAGCAAGUGACUACAGCACUCCUGGUUCUAGUUCCUGCACAAUAUGUCCCUCAGGAAAAAGCUGCUCAGGAAACACACUUGCCGACUGUGACGCAGGAACCUACAGCAAGGAAGGAGAAGGAAACUGCACAACUUGUUUACUUGGGUAUUACAGUAAGACUGGAGCAGCCCAGUGCACAGUAUGUCCAGCAGGAAACGAUUGCACAGACCCAGCUGUCUUAGGGAUCAAUCCACCAGACUGUCCAGCAGGUUCAUUCAGCCAAGAAGGAGACGCCGGCUGCACAUCGUGUGGACCAAGUCACUACAGCUCGGCAAGAGCUAGCGUGUGUAUCAUCUGUCCAGCUGGUCAAAGUUGCAGUGGAACUGUUGUGACUGAUUGUGUGGCAGGGACAUACAGCAAGGAAGGGGAGUCAAAUUGUACCACCUGCCUGUCAGGAUAUUACAGUGAGGCUGGAGCAGCCCAGUGCACAAUCUGUCCAGUAGGAAAGAAUUGUUCUGACCCAGCUGUCUCUGGCAGCAGUCCACCAGACUGUGUGGCAGGAACCUUCAGUGAAGAAGGGGAUGCAGGCUGUACAUCAUGUUCAUCAGGAUAUUACAGUGCAGCAGGAGCCACUGUUUGCAUCAUCUGUCCAUCUGGCCAAAGCUGUUCUGGAAAUACACUUGCAAACUGCCCAGCAGGAAAACACAGUCAAGAAGGAGAAUCAUCAUGCAGGAAUUGCCUUUCAGGCUACUACAGCAAAGCUGCUGCUGGUAUGUGUACAGUAUGUCCAGCGGGGAAAGAUUGCUCCAACCCAGCAGUGACAGGACCAGAUCCACCAGACUGCCCUGCUGGAAGCUACAGCAAAGAAGGUGAUGCCGGCUGCUCAUCUUGUGGCUCAGACUCCUUCAGCCAACCAGGAUCAGAAAACUGUACCUUGUGUCCAGCAGGGAAAGCGUGCAGUGGAGGGUCAGAAAGUGACUGUCUGGCUGGGACAUAUAGCCAGAAUGGAGAAACCACCUGUAAGCCAUGUCAGUCCGGGUACUACAGCACAGUUGCAUCUUCCAACUGCAUCCUCUGCCCCGCGGGUCGAAACUGCAGCAGUCCAGCGGUUGUGUCACAGCCACCAAUAUGUCCGGGAGGAACGUACAGCAGGGAUGGGGAUAACGGAUGUAAUACCUGUCAAGCAGGGUAUCAUAGUGAUGCUGAAGCCUCUAUUUGUAUCAUAUGCCCUGUUGGCAGAGAUUGUUCAGAUCCAGCCAUGGCCACAGCUUCUUUGCCAACAUGCACUUCGGGAACUUUCAGUGGAGAAGGGGAAGCUGCAUGCCAGCCUUGUGCACCUGGGUAUUACAGCACGGCUGGUGCUGGGGCUUGUGUCAUCUGUCCCGCAGGCAGCAACUGCACCGACAUCAGCUCCAUCACAACAACUCCACCAGAUUGUGGGGCAGGCUACUACAGCAACGAGGGAGACUCAGGAUGUACAAACUGUCCUGCAGGUCACUAUGCCAGCAGCCCAGGGUCAUCGGCCUGCACGGAGUGUGCAGCGGGGUCAUACUGUACCUCGACUACACAGACCCCAUGUAACAAGGGCAAAUACAGUGCAGCGGGUGGCGCCACUGCAUGUCAGACAUGCGCAGACGGACUUUACCAAACUGCCACAGGACAAACAUCUUGCACAGACUGCUCAGCUGGUCACCGGUGUGUGGACCCGACCGUGGCGCCAGUGCCAUGCCAGACAGGGCAAUACCAGGACAGUACUGGCUCCAACUCUUGCAAAACUUGCCCCAAUGGCUACUUCAGUACCAGCAGCGGCCAGACCAAGUGCACCAUCUGUCCAGCAGGCUACAAGUGUCCGGACUCCACCGUCAGCCCUGUUGCUUGCAGUAGCGGAGAGUUUUCGAAUGAAGGGUCGACAGCAUGUCAGUCUUGUCCCCCGGGUCAAGUGUGCGGAGGUACCGGAACACCCACAUCAUGUCAGUCAGGAGAGUAUGUGGGUGCUUCUGGGUGUGCGGACUGCCCUGCAGGAUCGGCCUGUCCCUCCCCCAUCACCCCCCCACAGGCAUGCCCUUCAGGAACCUACCAAGAUGCCCCUAAGCAGACCAGCUGCAACCCCUGCCCCGAGGGCAAGUCCUGUGUGGAUGUCGCUGCCACCCCUGUUGACUGUACUGCUGGAUUCUUCAGCGCUGCUGGGGAGGGAACAUGCACGAGAUGUCCGGAAGGGUACUACAGUGCUGCUGUUGCUGGCACGUGUAGCGCCUGCCCAGCAGGACAGAUGUGUUUCGAUGGCACCAACUUCAUCACCCCUGUCAACUGUGACGCUGGGAAGUACAGUCGUCUGGGAGAGGCCACCUGUAAAGACUGUGAUGCUGGCACCUACAGCACUGGGGGCUCCUCAGCCUGCUCGCUGUGUCCAGCUGGCAAGAAAUGUAGUGAUCCUGCCCUAACACCAACUGACUGUCUCACAGGAUACUACAGUCUGGAGGGCAAGGUGGAGAGCUGCACUAUCUGCCCGGCAGGCCAUGAGUGUCCCAACAAGUCCGACCCCCCCAUGCUGUGUGCUAUUGGUCAAUAUGCCACCCAAGGUCUGACCGCCUGUGUGGACUGUCCUACCGGUCAGUCAUGCCUGGACCCCGCCGCCUCUCCAAUCAACUGUAUAAAUGGCUAUUACAGUCCUGCUGGAACAAGCACCUGCCUGCCCUGCCCUGCUGGAAAAGGCUGUGACUCCACCAAGGAUGUCCUGGAUCUCUGCACCACAGGCUUCUACAGCACAGGAUCCAUGACGUGUCAGCAAUGUCCAGCAGGGUCUAUGUGCCCCAUGCCAUCUAUUGGACCAAUCGCCUGCCGUAAAGGAUCUUACGCCCUUGCUGGAUCAACAACAUGCACUACCUGUCCUGCUGGUAGCAAGUGCCCUACUACCAACACUGCCCCAGUGCCCUGUGUGGGCGGGGAAUACAGUCUGAGUGGCUCCGACGCCUGCACCAAGUGUCCUGCCGGCUAUGCCUGCCCAGCAGGGGCUGGUUCUCCCACAUCCUGCGUGUCCGGAACGUACGCUGUCACGGGCCAGCCAGCAUGUCAAGGUUGUCCAGUUGGAUCAGCUUGUCCAUCCACUACAACAGGAAGCAACCAGUACACAUGUCCUUCUGGAAGCUAUUCCCUGGGUAACCAGUCUAGCUGUACGGUGUGCACAGCAGGAUUCUUCUGUCCCGACACCAGCACCGACACCAGCACCGCCUGUCCCGCGGGCUUCUAUGCCGUGAGUGGCUCACCUUCCUGCAACCCAUGUGAGGCAGGUUGGCAGUGCCCCACGGCGGACGCCACCACCAGGGUUAGAUGUACACAGGGAUAUUACUCCGUAGGAAACGCAACAGCAUGCACAGAGUGUCCCGUAGGUAAAGCAUGUCCAGCAACUGACACCGACCAGUUUGUCACCUGCGGAGCUGGGUCCUACUCUAUUGGUAAACAGACUGCAUGUACGACAUGUCCUGCUGGGUAUGCAUGCCCUAAUACUGACUCUGACACCAAGACCAAAUGUCAGGACGGAACCUACAGCGAAGGAGGCAGAAGUGCGUGUGUGGAUUGUGAAGCGGGCUACAUGUGCCCCACCAUCUACGACAGCUACAAAAUUGCAUGUGCUCCAGGAACAUUUGCUGAAGCCAAGAAGAUCGAGUGCACAGCCUGUCCUUCAGGAGAGGAGUGUCCAGAUACUAAAGCUCCAGGGACUGCAUGUCCAGAUGGUUUCUACAGUUUAGGAAGUCAGCCAGCCUGUACUACUUGCCCAGCAGGAUUCCAGUGUUCCAACAAGGGCAUUAAACCAGCCAUAUGUCCAGAGGGUCAGUACAGCCCUGAGAAGUCCAUAGCUUGUAGUACUUGCAUGGUGGGCUAUGCUUGUCCUGAAGGUAGUACACAGGAAGACCCCCCAAGUGCUAAAUGUAAGCUAGGAUACUACUGUCCUGAUGGAAAGGCAGAACUGCCAUGUGCUAAAGCAUUUUACGGAGAUGCUUUUGGAUAUGUUGCUGACACAGACUGUAAACAGUGUCCUCAAGGCUACUACUGCCCAGAGGGCACUGCAGGGCAGCCAUCAUCAAGUCUGAUUUGUCCAAAGGGACACUUUUGUGGUGCUGGAACUGGAGACUAUAAGGAAUCCCCUUGUCCUGCAGGAAAAUUCUCAAAUAAUCUCGGUAAUGUACAAGUCAGUGAGUGCUCUAGUUGCCCCGAGGGUCGUUUUUGUCCAGAGGGUACAACAGAUCCCUGGUUUGAUGCCAAUGUCUGCCCAAGGGGGUCCUACUGCCCGUCAGGAACUGGCUCCCCUAAUGCAUGUCCAUCUGGGAAGUACACGGCUGAAACAGGCUCCACUGGCUUGGAGUUCUGUCGAUCCUGCCCGGCAGGCCACUACUGUUCUGCUGGAACACCAACCCCAACUCAGUGUGCUCCAGGAACCUUCAACCCGGAUGUUGAACAAGGCGAUGUCAUUAGCUGCAAACCUUGCACCUCUGGUCAAGCUUGUACAGAGUACGGUCUCACUGAACCCAACUCCCGAUGUUCACCUGGUUACUACUGUCCGGGAGGCAAUCACCGAGCCAACCAGUCUGAAUAUGCUUGUCCUGCUGGCACAUACACCAACAAUAACAACCUGACUGCUAUAGAACAGUGUGAGAAAUGUCCUGAAACCGUAGCUUGUCUCAUUGGGACUGGAGGCGUCCAGAAACCCCCUGUUGCAUGUGCUAAAGGUCACUACUGUAAGGAAGGAACAGGAGCCCAAACCCAGUGGCCAUGUGCUGCAGGUACCUGGACCAACCUGACCAACUUGGCCAACCAGGAGGGAUGCUCUCCUUGCCCCAAGGGAUACUACUGUCUGCAGGGGUCUGCAGCUCCAACUGGCCUCUGCUCCAAGGGACAUUGGUGUCCUGAACGCACAGAGUAUGGGGAUCAGCACCCCUGCCACGCAGGCUCCUACAGUAACAACACGGGCAACAUCAGAUGGGAGCAGUGUGUGGACUGCCCAGAAGGCAACUACUGUCCACAGGCCUCCAUACUGCCAACGUCAUGCCCAGCUGGUUCAUUCCGUGAAGACACCAAGGGAGAGAAGCUGACCGAUUGUGGAGACUGCACAGCCGGUUACUAUUGCCCUGGACUGGCAAACAUUGAGCCACUUCCCUGUGAGAAGGGAAAUUACUCGGCCGCCGGCGCUGACUCGUGUACAACCUGUAAGGCAGGGUACUACUGUGACCAGAACGCUACCAGCCUUGCCUUCAUGACCACAGACCGGAUCUGCCCAGCUGGAGUGGAGUGUCCGCCAGGGAUGUACAAACAACCCGAUCUGAUCGAGGAUAAAUGCAGGACUGGUCACUACUGUCCAGCAGGAGAUGUCAACCCCUACCCUGUCCCGUGUCCAAAUGGCACUUUCAAUCCUGAUUAUGGCCGAAAACAAGUGUCUGACUGUGUUCAGUGUACCCCCGGGUCUUACUGUAUUCCUGAAGGGUUGUCAACUCCUGCAGGGGAUUGUCCUGGUGGUUACUACUGUCCUUUAGGAACAGCUGCUCCUGAAUCUUACCCCUGCCCAAUAGGGUUCUACCGAAAUGGGUCUGCCAGGGAGUCAUUCCAAGACUGUACAGAGUGUAUAUCAGGUUUCUAUUGUGACAGAGAAGGUCUGGCAACACCAAUAAGCUGUCCACGAGGGUACUUCUGCGUCAGUGGAAGCACAUUCCCUCAACCCUGUCCACUGGGUACUUACGGUAAUUCCACGGAGCUGAGAAGAAGUACAGACUGCACCCCCUGUCCAGGAGGCUACUACUGUGACGGCAUCGGCAGGGUUGAACCAACUGAUGUUUGUGAUGCUGGCUUCUACUGCCGAGAGAAAGCGUACACCUCUGCCCCUCCUGAUGGACCUACAGGGGGGGUGUGUCCAGCUGGAGGCUACUGCCCACCCGGAACUGCAUAUCCUGCAUCCUGUCCAGUAGGAAAAUACAGUAAAUCUCCAGGGGCCAAGACAGAGUUUGAUUGUAUCCCAUGCGACCCUGGGUUUUACUGCGCAGGCUCUAGUAGUACUGACGCCUCCCAGAAGUGUGCCGCUGGUUACUAUUGCACCGGUGGUUCUGGUAUUGCUACUCAGUUCGACACCCCAGCCGGACAUUACUCUCAAGCAGGAGCCUUCAAACCGGAACCUUGUCCCAAGGGAAGCUACCAGAGAGCCAGCCGAUCUGGAGAAUGUGACCUCUGUGCUCAAGGCUACUUCUGCAAUGGAACUGGAACAAUUGAACCCAUCCUAUGUCCAAAGGGUUACUACUGUCCUGAAGGUACAGACUUCCCUAAUCCAUGUCCAAGGGGCACCUUCCUGCCAGAUGUAGGCCGAUACCAAGAAGAUCACUGCAACCCGUGUACUCAAGGUGAAGCUUGUGAAUAUGUUGGCCUUGCAGAUCCAAACACCAAAUGCCAGCCAGGACACUAUUGCACCCUUGGAUCAAACACCUCCACCCCAAUCGGCCAGCCCUUUGGAGAUCUCUGUCCACCUGGAUACUUCUGUCCCGAGGGAACAUCCGAGUAUGUGCACAGCCCAUGUCCUAACGGGACUUACACCAACUACACAGGGCUACAGGCAGAGGAGAACUGCACCCUGUGUGACCCUGGCAGGGUGUGCAAUGGCUAUGGUCUCACUGAACCUAAUGGGGUGUGUGCGCCUGGGUACUUCUGCAGGGGUGGAGCUGGCACAGAUAAGCCCAGUGACGGUGGUGCCACAGGGGAUCCUUGUCCCAAAGGGAACUACUGCCCAGAAGGAACAGGUGAGCCUUUACCCUGCCCGCCAGGGUCCUUCAACAAUGUGACAGGGAGAGCCAAUUGUAUGGACUGCCCGGCAAGCUUCUUCUGCUCGGACGGUGAGAUCCCGCUCAGAUGUCCCCCAGGGAGGUACUGCCCUGGAAACACCACCACUGACCAACCCAAGUGUCCCAGGGGAACCUACAACCCAGACUUUGAAAUGGCACAUGUGGAUGACUGCAGACCUUGUAAGGGAGGCUACUUCUGUGAUGCCCUCGGAGCUAAGAACUUUGACUUCAGUGAGAAUGACACUGGCACUGGACCUUGUGCAGCUGGAUACUUCUGCAAACAAGGUGUGAAUGUAAGCACGCCAACUGAUGCAACAACCACUGGCAUUGGAGGGCCAUGUCCUGCCGGUUUCUACUGCCCCCAACAGACAGAGGACCCCAUUGCGUGCCCCAAUGGCACCUACAGGGACGCCAUCAUGGGCACCAACCCCACCGACUGCCUGGACUGCAAACUGGGACAGUACUGUGGUUCCACCAACUUGUCCGACUCCACUGGCCCCUGUUGGCCUGGCUUCUACUGUUAUCGAGGAAACAAUGUUCCCAAUCCUACAGGAGCUGAACCCGAGAAAGGAGGACCAUGCCCUGUGAGCCACUACUGUCCUCCUGGAACAUCCUACCCCUUGGAGUGUCCGGCCGGAACGUACAACAAUGUCACAGGACGUGACGUAUGUUUCCAGUGUCCACCUAGCUACUUCUGUCCAGAAAACAUCACCAACUACGAGCUGUACCCGUGUCCACAGGGACACUACUGUCCCAACGGUACAGCGUUUGCCACCCAGUUCCCGUGUCCGAGGGGCUAUUCCCGGAGCAGCUCCAUGGGCCAGUCGGUGGAGGACUGUGUGCUGUGCCCUGGGGGGCACUACUGUGGCACUGAGGGCCUGUCCUACCCCUCAGGUCUUUGUGAUGAAGGGUACUUCUGUGUGCUGGGAGCAUGGGCCAGUAAGCCCACUGACUACAACAACUACACCUUCGAUGACUGCCUGUGUCCAAGCAAUGCGACCGGAGGGCAGUGUAGGCCUGGGUACUACUGCCCCACCGGAUCACAGGAACCCACCAUCUGCAGAGAGGGGCAGUACUGUUCCACACCAGGCCUUGCUGAUGUGACGGGGCCCUGUAGACCGGGCUACUUCUGUGCCGAAGGAGCCUCUCGUGAUGACCCCACAGAUGCUGUUACAGGAGACAUCUGUCCCCCAGGGCGCUAUUGUGGAACUGGAACAACGACUGACCAGGAAAAGUGUCCUCUGGGAAGCUUCUCCAACCGGACCGGCAACCAGGCUGCAAGUGACUGUACUCCAUGUACUGAGGGAAUGUAUUGUGGAAACCUGGGGCUCACAGAACCUUCAGGACCAUGUGACGAAGGGUACUUCUGUCCCCCUGGCCAGAACCUGAGUAACCCGUUCCCCUGCACUACCGGUCACUACUGCCCCCCUGGCAGCAUCCAGCCAACACACUGCCCCUCCGGCACCUACCAAGACAGCACGGGGCAAGGAAGCUGCAAGGAAUGUGUGGCAGGUUACUACUGUGAUGACUCCACUGACCUGUCUUCCGUCGCCCCCUACCCUUGCCCCAAGGGGUACUACUGCCCCAACGGUACCAAGUGGUCCACCCAGUUCGGCUGCCCAGCAGGGACCUAUAACCCCAACACCAAGCUGCAGACUGUGUUUCAGUGCACCCCGUGUGAUGCUGGCAAAUACUGCAGCUCCUCCGGCAAAGAGGCCGUCACAGGUGAUUGUGAUAUCACUUUCUGGUGCAUCAAUGGCUCUUCCAUCCCCACGCCAGUCGAUGGGAUCUCCGGUGACCGCUGUCCGGAGGGCUAUUACUGCCCGGCUGGAACAGCUGCCCCAGACCCUUGCCCAGUAGGAACCUGGUCCAACAGCACAGGCCUAGGAACAGCUUCUGAGUGUCUAGCCUGUUCUGGAGGAUUCUACUGUGAUGCCACCGGUCUGAAGGAACCAACAGGACCUUGUUCGGGUGGCUUCUAUUGCACCCAAGGAGCAAGUUCGUCUAUGCCCAAUGACGGAGGGACAACAGGAGCUCCUUGUACUAUAGGACACUUUUGUCCACCAGGAACUAAGGUCCCUGUUCCCUGUCCAGACGGAACCUAUCAGAAGUCAACUCAAGCCGAGACCUGUGAACCAUGUGCUCCUGGGCACUGGUGUGACGGUGUGAACCCACCUAGUGUCUGCCCAAUUGGCUACUAUUGCCCAGAAGGAACAGGAAUUGUUUACAAAAGCUGUCCUCCAGGAACAUUUAGCACUGCCACUGGUCUGUGGGAUGUCGCCAACUGUACUCAGUGUACUGGAGGCCACUACUGUGAUGCUCCCAGUGCUCAAGUGGUAGCUGGGGACUGUGAACAGGGAUACUACUGUACAGAAGGUUCCAGCUCUCCCACCCCGGAGACGAAUGUCACAGGUGUAUCAGGACCCUGCCCAGAAGGACACUUCUGUCCAGCAAAGACUAUCACACCUCAGAAAUGUCCCCUGGGAACCUUUAAUCCAAACCUCAAGGCUAUAGAUGUUACUAGCUGCAUCCAGUGUACGUAUGGACAGUACUGUGGAGAGGAAGGUCUAGGAGCACCAUCAGGACCCUGUGAUGAGGGUUUCUUCUGUCUGACAGGAGCAAAGUACCCCAACAACCCAACUCUGAACUCCUCAGGAGGACCCUGCCCUGUUGGACACUACUGCCCAAAUGGAACCUCCUAUCCUCUUGGGUGUAAGCCUGGAACAUACAGUCCAUCUACAGGUCUUGCACAGUGUCUGAUGUGUCCGGCAGGAUACCACUGUCCAGAGAAUUCAACUGACUUUUCCGGCACAGAAUGCCCAACAGGACACUACUGUCCAGAAGGAACGAAAGACCAAUACGAGUACCCAUGUGAGCGAGGGACGUACAAUAACUACACCCGAAAGCAGAGUGCGUCUGACUGUAUGACUUGUGAGCCAGGGCACUACUGUGGAAGUCCUGGACUGACUGUCCCGACAGACCUCUGUACUGAAGGCUGGUACUGUGUGAGGGGAGCCUGGACAGCUAAACCCACGGAGAUUGGGAACUACACGGCCAACGACACCUCCUGCACCUGCCCAGCAGACAUCACCGGUGGACAAUGCCAGCCAGGCUACUAUUGUCCCCGCGGAUCCAGUGAACCCUUGCUGUGUAAACCAGGUUCCUACUGCGAGACUGCUGGCCUAGCAGAUGCAACUGCACCAUGUACAGCAGGGUAUUACUGCACCCUUGGCGCCAUCCGCCCCGACCCCCAGGGAGAUGCUACAGGGGGGACAUGCCCCAAGGGAGCCUACUGCCCCAAGGGAACAGGAGACCCUAUCAAGUGUCCCCCAGGGACCUACACCAACGCGACAGGGAACACGCAGCUCAGUGACUGCAGGUUGUGCACUUCAGGCUUCUACUGUGACAGUUAUGGUCAGGAAAGUCCGACAGAUUUGUGCAGUGAGGGUUACUACUGCCCCGAAGGCCAGAACACCAGCACACCGACAUCCUACAUCUGCACACCCGGCCACUUGUGCAUCAAGGGGAGCAAGAUGGAAGAGGCUUGUGAAUCCGGGAAGUACCAAGAUGAAUUUGGCAAGGCAUCCUGCAAAGACUGCCCUGAAGGGUAUUACUGUGACGGUACAAUCCAGAACGACACUGUCUGUAACCAUGGAGUCCAGAACCCGUCACCCUGUGAGCCAGGCAGCUUCUGUCUCCCUGGAACUAAGUUUGCCAAGGAGCACAGAUGUCCAAAUGGAACAUAUAACGACAUCUUGUACCUGAAGAAGAUUGACGAGUGUACUCCAUGUCCUAGUGGGCAGUACUGUGGGCAGGAGGGACUGUCCUCGCCAUCCGGCUUCUGUGAUGGAGGGUUCUACUGCCUGUCUGGUGCCUCUGUAGCAGCUCCUAUAGAUGGUGUGACAGGGAACAUCUGCCAGAAGGGAGCCUACUGUCCUGUAGGAUCUAAUGCCUCAACUCUGUGCCCUCCAGGGACUUAUAACCCUGUGGAAGGUCUGGAGUACCUGCACCAGUGUAAGGGAUGUGAAGGGGGUCAGUAUUGUCCGACGUCAGGCAUGGAGGCACCUGCUGGAAACUGUACAGAGGGAUACUUCUGUUCAGGCAACUCCAGUUCAGCAACCCCAGUGGACAAUGUGACUGGAAAUGAAUGUCCUGUGGGCCACUACUGUCCCGAAGGAACAGCGUAUCCUAUAGCCUGUGACCCAGGAACAUUCACAGAUGUCACCAAAACGAAAAAGUGCGAACUCUGCACACCUGGUUACUACUGCAUCACAGGUUCGAAUCCCGAUCCAUGUCCAGCAGGGUUCUACUGUCCCGAGGGUACUGGUUAUGUCUGGCAGUCCUGCCCAGCUGGAACCUUCGGCCAGACCACUGGUCUGUCCACCCUCAGCCAGUGCACACAAUGUACUGGCGGGUUCUACUGUGAUGAGGCCAACCUGACCGCAGUGACUGGACCAUGUGAUGCUGGCUUCUACUGCAAAUACGGCUCCGAUUCCAAAUCCCCGACUGGUAAUGUCACAGGGGAUGCAGACGUCUGUCCAGUGGGUCACUACUGUACACAACAAACACAGGACCCUGUUCCUUGCCCUGCAGGAACCUUCAACAACCAAACCAUGAUCAAGGCUCUCUCUGAAUGCCAGGACUGUUUGCCUGGCUACUUCUGUGAUGUGCCUGGCCUAGUUUACCCAACAGGACUGUGUGAGGAAGGCUUCUACUGUGCUGGAGGCUCCAUCUCCUCCAAGCCGGCCACUGUCACUGCCAAUGGAGGACCCUGUCCUGCCGGCACGUUCUGCAAGGAAGGAUCUAGCCAGCCCACAGACUGUCCCCCUGGGCACUACAAUAUCAAUGAGAUGCAGUCCAACUGCACAGCAUGUCCUGCGGGCUUCUACUGUGAAGCUGGAGCUCCAAACAAAACCAUAUGUCCCAAAGGAUAUUACUGUCCACCAGCCACGGAAUUCGCACACCAGUUCCCCUGUGGAAACGGAACCUUCAACAACCAGACCCAGGCCUCAACAUACGAUGCCUGUCAGAUCUGUCCCGUGGGCCACUACUGCCCAGGGGAAGGCAAUGAGGAGCCAGCAGGGUUGUGUUCAGGAGGCUGGUACUGUGCUUUGGGAUCAUGGACUGACAGACCCUCCAUCCUUGGUCUGGACUCUGGCAGUGAUUGCUCCUGCCCAGCAACUAGCAUAGGAGGAAGGUGCAAUGCUGGUCAGUUCUGUCCCCCGGGAUCAGAGUCCCCCCAGGAGUGCCUGCCUGGUCAUUACUGUGAAGUCGAUGCCCUCGCAAACGUGACUGGUGAAUGUGAUGCUGGACACUACUGUAAUGUUAGUUCAACAUUGAAGAAUCCUGUGAAUGAAACUUUUGGAGAUAUAUGUCCAAAGGGCCACUACUGUCCUCGAGCUAGCUCCUCACCUAUAGCAUGCCAAGAAGGAGAGUAUAGUGACUGGUUCGGCAAUCACAACAUCAGCAGUUGUCUCCCUUGUACUGCUGGUAUGUACUGUGCUGGUCCUGGUCGGGACCUUCCCAAUGGUGACUGUGACAUAGGUUGGUUCUGCCCCGAAGGAAGCAUUCAGCCACAGCCACCAGGCAAUAAAUGUCUUGCAGGUCACACAUGCCCAAAAGGAAGUGGCGUUCAAACACCAUGUCCAUCAGGACAGUACCAGCCAGAUCCAGAGAGAGGAGAUUGCUUGUUUUGCCAGGGAGGAACUUACUGUGAUCAGAAUGAGGCAAUCACUGAACAGCAGAGUGGAGUUGGAGCUCCUUCUCAUGGCGUUGUAAACCCUAAGGUCUGUCCAGCCGGGUUCUACUGCCCCAACGGCACAAUGACUGCACGACAGAACCCCUGUCCUUUGGGAACAUACAGCAACACAACAGGUCUGGAGAGUCUUGGAGAAUGCAGAGACUGUCCAGCAGGCUUCUACUGUGAGGCAGAGAACAUCACCGAACCAACAGGUCAGUGUACAGCAGGAUACUACUGUGUCCUGAAAUCGACUUCCCCCACACCGGCGCUGUCAGUAUCAGGAGGACCCUGUCCACAAGGAACCCACUGUGUACAAGGAUCAUCAUGGCCAGACCCGUGCCCCAAGGGAACAUUCGGGGACCGAGAUAAGCUGCCAUCAGAGGCUGAUUGUACCAUCUGCCCACCUGGAGAAUUCUGCUCCCACUCCAGUCUGACAGCCCCCAAUGGAUCCUGCCUAGCUGGAUACUACUGCAGUAAUGCAUCCGAGGAAGCCAACCCGGUCGGUCAAGUUUAUGGCGACGAGUGUCCUGCUGGUUACUUCUGCCCAGAACACAGCCACCAGCCUACAGCAUGUGCAGCCGGAACCUACCAACCUCACCCACGCAGAACCAAUGUGUCUGCUUGUAAUGCCUGCGAUCCAGGAAAAUAUUGUAACACCACAGGACUACCAGCUGUUUCUGGAGAGUGUGAUGAAGGCUUCUACUGCACCCUGGGUGCCAGUACACCAGCUCCUUACGAUGGUGUGACGGGCAACAUCUGUCCAGCAGGGUCCUACUGUCCUCUGGGCUCCCCUCAACACUUCUACUGUGCCAAUGGCACCUACACCAACCACACCGGAGCUGCUGUUUGUUAUGACUGUCCAGAUGGGUAUUACUGCACCAACAGGGACCGAGCUGACUUCUGCCUGGCUGGCUACUACUGUCCAUACAAGACCGGGGCAGACCUCCAGCCCUGUCCUGCUGGCACCUACAACCCUGUGGAGGGGAUGAGCUCAGUGGGACAAUGCACACAGUGUGAUGGGGGCAAGUUCUGUCAGACUCCUUCUCUGUCGGCGGUCAGUGGAGAAUGUGCUGCUGGCUACUAUUGCAGACUAGGAGUUGACACAGACAAGCCCUCCAGCAACCACACAGGUGAUGGGGGAGAGUGUCCCCAGGGGUACUACUGUCCAGCAGGCACCACUGACCCCCUCUCCUGCCCCCCAGGGAGCUACAGUGACAGUCCCCGUCAGCAGAACUGCACCACCUGUCCCAAAGGCUUCUACUGUCUGGAGAACUCCACCAACUUCACAGGGCAACCGUGUCCGGAGGGCUACUACUGCCCCGCAGGCACGUCCAGCCCCUAUGAGAAUCCCUGUCCUAAAGGAUCCUACAACCCAGCCAGUGGCAGUGAUGGACAGGAGGACUGCCUGGUCUGCCCACCAGGACAGUACUGUCAGACUGAUGGGCUUGCUGCUCCCUCCGGCAACUGCACGGCAGGAUGGUACUGUACAGGGGGGGCCUAUAUGGCAGAACCAGUGACCACCAUCAACGCCACAAGCCUCCCAGACUGCACCUGCCCUCUCACCAACUACACAGGUGGCAAGUGCUGGCCAGGCACCUACUGCCCCGAGGGAUCCCCCUACCCCGUGACCUGUGAUGGAGGGAUGUACUGCACCCUCUAUGGGCUGACACAACCUGAAGGCCUUUGUAAUGCUGGCUACUACUGUAGCGGAGGAGCUGUACGACCAGACAUACCAACCAACAUCUGCCCAACAGGGUUUUAUUGUGAGAAAGGUUCAUCCACACCAAGCCCCUGUCCAGCUGGCAUGCUGUCAAACACCAGCGGCAACAUGAACAUCACCGACUGCAUCCUGUGUCCUCCUGGCUACUACUGUGCCGGCACUGCCAACAACUACAGUACUGGCCCGUGCUCAGCAGGAUUCUACUGUCCUGCCGGCCAAAGCUCACCUAAUCCUGUGGACUACAACUGUACAACGGGCCACAAGUGUCCCGUGGGGACGGGCAAGCCAGUGAUGUGUGCUGCAGGGUUCUACCAGGAUGAGACACAGAGGAGUGACUGCAAGGACUGCCCUGCUGGAAAAUACUGUGACCCUGCAGAAGUAGCGAAUACAACGGGUGAUUCUGACAGUGGAGUGACGACCCCUGCACCCUGUCCCCCAGGGUACUUCUGUCCCCUCAACACGGGGGUGAAGACGUCCAGCCCCUGCCCUACAGGCACAUACAGCAACGAGACUGAGCUACAGACAACUGCAGAGUGCAAGCCAUGCACUGGAGGAUUCUUCUGUGAAAACCCAGGCCUGACAGAACCAACAGACAUGUGUGAUUCUGGCUAUGUGUGUGUCAGUGGUGCAGAGACGGCCAGACCCACAGAUGGCGCCACUGGAGAUGUAUGUGACCUGGGUGCCUACUGCCCCAAGGGAUCUGACCAGGCCGUCAAGUGCCCAGCCGGCACCUUCAGUGACCUCACCGGACUGCAGAACGUCACCCAGUGCCAGGACUGUCCGCCUGGAGAAUACUGCAACACUGAAGGCUUGACUCAUCCUGUGGGCAACUGCAGUGCGGGCCACUACUGCCCACUUGGGGCUGUCGAACAGAACCCCAUUGGUCAGACAUACGGAGACUACUGCACCAGUGGUCACUACUGCCCAGCCGGUACAGGAAUCCCCAUACCCUGCCCAGCAGGAACCUACCUCCCCGACACCGGGCGCGACGCCGUGGACGACUGUAUCGACUGUCCCGGGGGCAAGUACUGCGAGCUUCAAGGACUCUCCAACUUCACAGGGGACUGUGAUGCUGGCUACUACUGUGAGGAGAAGGCUGUAUCCAACACUCCAACUGAUGGCAUCACCGGCAACAUCUGUCCUGUGGGAACGUACUGCCCAGUGGGAUCACAUCUGCCUCUGUCUUGUGAUGACGGCACCUACAUGAACCACACAAUGGCCAGCGCCUGUGACAUCUGUCCGCCGCGCUACUACUGCGUCAACAAGGACAGACCGGACCCCUGCCCCCAGGGCCGCUACUGUGAGGGCAACACAGGGUUCAACAUGUCCUUGUGCCCAGCAGGAACCUACAACCCCGUGGAGAUGCUGAUGGCCGAGGCGGAGUGCACGGCGUGUGACCCGGGGCACUACUGUGACACCCCGGGCCAGGUGAAUGUGACCGGCAUGUGCUCGGCCGGCUACUACUGCCAGAGCGGGGUCAACACAGCUGCACCCAGCAACAACAACACCGGAUUUGGGGGAUGGUGCCCCACUGGUCACUACUGUCCUGAGGGUACCACUGACCCCCUGGGCUGUGCUGCUGGCACCUACACCGACGUGACCCACCAGGACACCUGCACGCCCUGCCAGAUGGGAUACUACUGUCUCACCAACUCAUCCACAUACCUCGACACACCAUGUCCUAAAGGUGCAUACUGUCCCAGCGGCACCAAGUCGGCAAGAGAGUUCGAGUGUCCUGCAGGUACCUACAACAAUAGAACAAUGGCUGACGACAUGUUUGAUUGUCUGCCGUGUCCAGGAGGCGAGUACUGUGCUGGGGAUGGCCUGUCGGAGCCUACAGGGAACUGUGCCCCAGGGUGGUUCUGUAUGGGUGGAGCCUACACAGACAAGCCCACCCCUGUGGUCAACACCACCGACACAAGCACCUGCCCGGUCUACUCCCUCAACUUCACCGGGGGCAUCUGUACUCCAGGGACGUACUGCCCCGUUGGCAGUCAGCUCGCCCAGCAGUGCAGCCUGGGAAUGUACUGCGAGCUCCAUGCACUGGAAGCACCCACAGGCAACUGUCAUGCUGGCUCCUUCUGUAACGGCAGCGCCAUCGUCCCCAACCCCGUGCCCUGUGCCAAGGGGCACUACUGUCCAGAAGGAACCACAGUGCAAGAGGCAUGUCCACCUGGGACUUUCUCAGACCGCGAGGGCAACACCAACCUGACGGACUGCCUCCCCUGUACCGCCGGCCAGUACUGCCAGGAAUAUGGCCGUGCAGUGCCCAAUGGACCGUGUGACGAAGGCUACUUCUGCCCCGAGGGUCAACAGGUGCCCCGCCCAACCAGCCUGGCCUGCAGUCCUGGACACUUCUGCCUGCAGGGCAGCUGGAACGAGAGCGGGUGCCCGUCGGGGAGCUACCAACAACACUGGCAGAAGAGUGACUGUGACGUCUGUCCUGCUGGAUCCUACUGCACAGCCAUUGGUGACUAUGAAUAUCUUGAUGACAACGUGACGUCCAGUGGCAACUACUCAGGUCGAUACCGUAGUUACAGAGGAGUUUCCAUACCGACAACCUGUCCACCAGGGUCAUACUGCCCAGAGGGCACCAAGUUCGCGACAGAGUUCCUGUGUCUGGCUGGCAGCUACAGCAACAGGACAGGCCUGGCCAACUACACCCAGUGUGCUCCAUGCGAGCCCGGCAGAUACUGUGCAGGGGAAGGUAACACGGAGCCGAGUGGACUGUGUGCCGCAGGCUACUACUGUACCCAUGGAGCCUACAAUGCCACGCCCACUGAUGGCUCCACCGGCGACAUCUGCCCACAGGGCCGGUUCUGCGUCAACGGCAGCAUCACUGGGGAGGGAUGUCCAGUGGGGACAUUCAGCAACAGGACAGGGCUUCAGGCUGACACAGACUGCACCGCCUGCUCACCUGGCUACUACUGCGGUCAGACUGGACUCACCCAGGAGUCUGGACACUGCUGGGCAGGCCACUACUGUAGCCUUGGAGCCGAGGAGCCAGCUCCAGUUGGGAAGACCUAUGGGGACUACUGUACAGCCGGACACUACUGUCCUAACGGAACAUCCGUCCCGGAACCCUGUCCCCCUGGAACUUUCCAGUAUGCCACCGGAACAGGGGACAUCGAUGAAUGCACCAAGUGUACUCCAGGUUCCUUCUGUGAGACAUAUGGCUUGGUGAAUGUGACAGGGCCUUGUGGGCCAGGCUACUUCUGCACGUUAGGAUCAAACACAACAUCACCUGUCGAUGGCAUCAUGGGUGCCAUCUGCCCCGAGGGACACUACUGUGAGGAAGGGUCCCCCGGCCCAACACCGUGUGGCAAUGGAACCUUCAUGAACCACACUGGGGCCUCCGCCUGCUACAUCUGUCCUGAGGGAUACUACUGCGUCAACCGAGACCGUGCCGACAUCUGUCGUCAAGGCUUCUACUGUCCUGAAGGUACUGGAGCUGACCUUCAGUCGUGCCCAACUGGAACCUUCGGCAACACAACGGGUCUGUUUGAGGAGAGCCAGUGCACACCAUGUACAGGUGGAAACUACUGUGCCACCCCAGGAUCCCCAGAUGUGGAUGGAGAGUGCCAGGCAGGUUACUACUGCGUGUACGGCGUCGACACGGCAACACCCGCUGACAGUGGUGGCCACAAGGGGUCGGGAGCGGAGUGUCCAGUAGGCUCCUACUGCCCCAAGGGAUCAGCACAGCCCCUGCCCUGUGCUCCUGGCACUCACACCGACACACAAAGAAAGGGUUCAUGUGACCAGUGUCCCGGCGGCUACUACUGCCUCAGCAACACCAGCGACGCCACAGUGUUCCCCUGCCCCACGGGUCACUACUGUCCCCCGGGCACUGAGUACGGCACCCAGUACAAGUGCCAGGCGGGCACCUACAACCCCCACACCACCAUGGACAGCUCGGGGGCCUGUUUGAUGUGCACCCCUGGCCUGUAUUGUGCUGGGGAAGGUCUGGAGACACCGUCAGGCAACUGCAGUGAAGGCUGGUUCUGCUCAGGGGGAGCUGUCCAGUCCAAGCCAGUCACACUGGGUAACUUCUCCAGUGUCGACAUGUGCCCGUGCCCCUCAUACAACUACACCGGGGGCAAGUGCCAGCCAGGCACAUACUGUCCCCUCGGGUCCUCCAUGCCUGUCAGCUGUGAGGCGGGGUGGUACUGUGACGACUAUGAACUACCGGCCCCUAAAGCGAAGUGUGAUCCUGGCUACUUCUGUCCAACGGGCCGGAGUGUGGCAAACCCUGUUGACUUCGUGUGUUGGGCGGGGUACUACUGUGUUGAGGGGUCCCCGACCUCCGUACCUUGCCCCAUAGGGCACUUCUCCAACUCCACCGGCAACGUCAAUGUCACCGACUGCAAAGCCUGUACACCAGGCUACUACUGUGAUGGGACCGGUCUGGUGAAGGAGACCGGCCUGUGUGGGGCAGGCUACUACUGUCCAGAGGGUCAGACCACAGCCACGCCCAUAUCCUCUAUGUGCCCCAAGGGCAUGUACUGCCCUGAAGGUAGCGCCCUCCCUCUCAGAUGUGAACGAGGAACAUACCAGGCUUUUGAAGGUGAGCCCACAUGUGAACCGUGCCUAUCCAGGAGUUACUGUGACCCUGGCAACUCCACCGUGGGCAUCAUCGACCCCGUGCCAUGUCCCGCCGGGUACUACUGCCCCACCGGGACCAAGUACAAGCAUGAGUUCCCCUGCCCAUCGGGGACCUACAGUCCCUUCGGAGACCUGGAGGAUCAGGGUGAAUGUACGAGCUGUGAGUUCGGCAAGUAUUGUAAGACUCCCGGCCUGACUGAUGUCGAAGGUGACUGUCUGGCUGGCUAUUUCUGUGACCAGGGCGCCAACACCUCCACACCCACCGACGGUAUCACCGGAGACAUUUGCCCCAGGGGCAAGUACUGCCCUAUUGGUUCUGUUGAUGGUGACCCCUGCCCAGUGGGCACGUACAACAACCUGACCGGCCUGCGAGCAGCCAAUGAAUGCAUUCCCUGUGACCCCGGCCAGUACUGCCCGUCCCCGGGUCUCAUCGUCCCCUACGCCUACUGCACCGCGGGAUACUACUGCGAGUACGGCUCAAACGAACCCUCUCCCAAGGGUCAGUCUUACGGCUACAACUGCCCGUCAGGACACUACUGUCCAGAGGGAAUCCCUGCUCCAGUGCCGUGUCCACAAGGAACAUACCAACCAUCAGAAGGCAAACAGUUGUCAACGUCUUGUGUGGACUGUGAUCCAGGCAAGUACUGUCUGGAAGAAGGCAACAACACUGUCACCGGCAACUGCAUGGCAGGUUACUACUGCGUCAGUGGUGCCAAGACUCCCAAUCCAACAGAUGGGACAACAGGAGCCAUCUGCACCGUGGGUCACUACUGCCCCGAGGGAUCUCACAUCCCCACACAGUGUCCACCAGCCUUCUUCAUGAACCGCACCGGAGCGGCAGCCUGUGACCCCUGCCCUGAGGGGUACUACUGCACCGACGGGGCCAAGGCUGAGCCCUGCCCCCAGGGCUACUACUGUCCCCAAGGGUCGGGCAGCAACUACAAGUCUUGUCCUGUGGGGACGUUUGGGGGCAGCGAGAGACUGAGCAACGUGUCGCAAUGUACUCCCUGUACUGGUGGGUUCUACUGCGACAGUGAACACCUCACUGCACCAUCCGGACCAUGCAUUGCGGGAUUCUAUUGUGUCACAGGUGUGAAUAUGGAGUCCCCCAGUAGCAGCGUGACCCACACAGGCGAGGGAGACGUGUGCCCGCCUGGGUUUGAGUGCCCCCUCAACUCCACCUUCCCUGUACCCUGCUUGCCGGGAUCCUACUCCCCCAGUCAGGCCGUGCCCAGUUGCCUCCCCUGCCCAGCAGGAUCCUACUGCCUGAAUGAGACGGUGACCCCUAUCACCUGCCCCAUGGGCCACUACUGUACCGAGGGAACCAGCUUCGAUGUGGAGCAUCCAUGUCCUAAAGGAACCUACUACAACGCAACAGGUGCAAAGGCUGAGAGUGACUGCCUGGACUGCCCGCCAGGAGAAUACUGUGAAGGCCUGGGUAACAUCAUUCCGUCUGGACUCUGCGACCCUGGCUUCUUCUGUGCUGGGAAGUCCUUCCAGAUCCGCCCAUAUGACCUUGGUAACCUCACCAGUGCAGGAGGCUCCACCAGUGACCUGUACUCCAACGACACCUGUGCCCCCAUGUGGGACUGUGUAUGUCCGGACUUCGAGCUGACCAGUGGGGGUAUCUGCCCCAUGGGCUACUACUGCCCACAAGGAACACACAAGCCCGAGGCCUGCACCCCGGGCAUGUACUGCGAAACACCAGGGCUUCCACUGCCCACAGGCAACUGCAGUGCUGGGUACUACUGUAAUGGUACCAGUGCAGUCCCCAACCAGUAUGUGUGUCCGGAGGGCAGCUACUGCAUUGUGGGAACUUCUGUCCCAGAACCUUGCCCUGCUGGAACAUUCGCCAACAAGACCGGAACAUCCAUGGUUGAUGAUUGCCUCAACUGCACAGGAGGCAUGUUCUGUCAAGGUCCUGGUGACAUCCGACCAACAGACUUCUGUGACCCUGGUUUCUACUGCCCCGAGAGCCAGACCACUCCCACUCCCUCUGACCUGGUGUGUUGGAAGGGUCACUACUGUGAGGUGGGGUCAUCCAUCCCCACCAUGUGCCCUGGGGGGGCCUACCAACCCAGCUAUGGAGCAAGCACCUGUCUGCCCUGUCCCGAGGGAUUCUUCUGCAACAUGGCUACCGGAAAUGUCACCUACAUUGAUGGCCACCCUGCAGUUUUCCCUGCCCCUUGUCCCCGCGGCUUCUACUGCCCCGAGGGAACCGACGCCUCCCAGACGUACCCCUGCCCAGUGGGGACAUACGGCCCGGAUGAGUACUACAGCCAUGAAGGCAACUGCACAGACUGCACCUCCGGCUACUACUGUGAAAGGACCGGCCUGUCCACACCCACUGGGGAGUGCUACGCCGGCUACUACUGCACUGGAGGAGCUUCUUCACCAACUCCCAUCUACGAUAAGAUUGAUGAAACCCAGGUUGCCAACUUCACAGGCAAUGAUGUAUGCCCAGUAGGCUACUUCUGUACCAACGGCACCAGCUACCCCCAGCCCUGCCCCCUGGGAACGUUCUCCACCCAGAAGGAGGUGACCGGCCCCGAGGGCUGUGAGAAGUGCUGGCCAGGCAGAUACUGCAACCAGAAGGCCUACGUCAUCAGCUCUGAAGCCCCCAAAUGCCAUGCAGGCUUCAUCUGUAUCGGCGGCAGCACCAUCCCUGAGCCGACGGAUGGCGUCCAGGGUUACCUGUGUCCUGCUGGCUUCUACUGUGAGGAGGGAGCUGUCACUGAAGUGGGUUGUUCUAUCGGAAGUUUCCAGCCCAGCCUGGGUCAGCACAACUGCACCCUGUGUCCAGCGGGUCAGAUGUGUCCACGCAGCAACAUGUCCAUCAGUGAACCCUGCAAGAUGGGCUACUACUGUCCUUUUGGGUCCUUGGCUCAGCCGUGUCCCCCAGGGACUUACAACAACAAGACGGAGAUGUUCGCCGAGUCUCACUGUAUCGACUGUCCCCCUGGGCACUACUGUGCUGGCAACGGCAAUAUAGACCCUUCAGGUGAGUGUGAAGCUGGGUACUACUGUGAAGGUGGCGCCAACAGCAGCGUGCCGACGCCUACACCGACCUACCAGAACAACGGGGUGUGUCCAGCGGGUCACUACUGCCCCCAGGGGACGACCAUGAGGAUCCGAUGUCCGGCAGGAACCAUCAGAAACACCACAGGUGGCGGUGCUGCCUCUGACUGCCGACCCUGCCCAGGUGGCUUCUACUGCGAGUCCGAGGGCCAGACGGAAGUGUCUGGCAUCUGUGCCACAGGCUACUACUGCCCAUCAAACGACACUACCCUUGUGCCAAACCCGACCAGCUUCGUGUGUCCCGUGGGCUACUUCUGUCUCGCAGGAUCUGCAGCCCCAACGCCCUGUCCGGCUGGUCAGUACCAGCUGAAUGAAGGCCAGGACUUCUGUGACCCAUGUCCGGCUGGGUCCUACUGUCAGAGCUCGGUGUCCGGGGAACGCAAAGACUGUCCCGAGUACCACUACUGUCCAGAAGGCACUGCAUACCCAAUACCUUGUGGCAACGGCACCUUCACCUACGACAACAUGACGAAACUAAGGUCACAGAGCGACUGUCUGGCGUGUGAAACAGGACAAUAUUGCAGGAAUGGCCAGCUCUAUGGCAACUGUACAGCAGGGUACUACUGCAAGUCUGGCUCCCCUAAGACCAUGCCCAACGAAACCCUAGACUAUGAUGCCUGUGUGUCCGAUGAUCCUUGUGCUGGCUUCUGUCCACGGGGGUUUUACUGCCUUGAGGGGACGCUGUACCCAACACCCUGCCCAGCAGACACCUACAGAGACACCGUUGGCGCUGCCCAAGAGAAUGACUGUGCACCAUGUCCUGCUGGCUUCCUGUGUCCCGAAGGUUCUGCUGACCCAGAUCCCUGCCCCAUCGGCUUCUACUGCACCCUGGGUAACGGAACAACACCUUGUCCUCGCCUCACGUUCCGCAACAUCACUGGGGCAAAGGUCAUUACGGAGUGUUUCCCAUGUCCAGCAGGAUUCUGGUGCAACCAUACAGGCAUGGCUAAUUAUUCCGACUACCUUUGUCCCCCUGGUUUCUUCUGUCUGGAGGGAGACGAGCCUCGCCUGUGUCCAGCUGGCCGCAUGAAAGCUCUGCCAGGUGUCGACGCUCCAGAGAACUGCGACCAGUGCCGAGCAGGCUACUAUUGCCCCAAUGACACGUCCAACACGAUGGGCAUCCCCUGCAGGGAGACAUACGAAUGUCCAGAGGGAGCUUCUAUUGAGAUUGACUGCCGACCUGGUCACUAUUGUAAUGGAACAACUGGACUGCCUCCCCUGUGUUGGCCCGGCUUCUACUGCCCCGCCGGAACCGACACCCCCAUCCUGUGCGAGUACCCGUACUACUGCCCCGAAGGAAGCAACAUGACCUUAACGUGUCCUCUUGGUCACAUGGCAGAGAUUCACACAGGAAUCAGAUACGACUAUUCCCGAUCUUGUCGCAUCUGUCCUGCAGGCUACUACGGCAACUAUACAGACAGACGUCAGUGUGACCUGUGUCCAGGUGGCUACUACUGCCCAAUAGGAACAGGCCAUGGCACAACCAACCCCUGCCCAAUAGGAUCCUACUGCCCACCAGGAUCUGCUCAACCUACCCCAUGUCCGACGGGAAUGUACGGCAAGCUGUCUAGAGCUGACGAGUAUGGUGACUGUGUUCCUUGCCCCAUGAACACCUACAACAAUCUCCUGGGUCAGAAGGCGUGUCGACCCUGUGGGAGUUCCUCCACGGCUGCUGUGGGUAGUGCAGAAUGUACUUGUAACGGCCUGUACAGAUCCUUCCAGGAGUCGGAUGGGUCCUGUGUGUGUCUCUCAGGCUUCAUCUACUACAAUGAAGUUGACAGACAGAACUCUCUGAGCAAUGGUAAUGAGGACUGUCAGCAGAUUGUUGAUGGCCGGUGCUCCCAGUACGAAACCCGUCAAGCCAAUACCAGACAGUGUGUGACUCCAGAGUCAUAUGACUGCAGCACUUCCUGUCCCGACAGUAAUGGAGUGUUCCAUGUAGACCUUGGAAGAUGUCAGUGUAACGUGUACACAGACUCGGAUGAGAUCUGUAACCAGCAGUGUCGGCAGGAUACAUCACCAACUGUAACUGGGGAACUCACGGCAGAAGGCUACAUUCAAGUCUCCAUCGUUGACCCCUUGUCUGGAAACGUCACCAUCACGCCUCUUCGGGACACAUACGGGCCCCUGGAGACAAGUGUUGGUCCAAAGACAAUAAUUGUUGCUACCAUCUUCGCCGACCGAGUGACAGCAUCCUUGUUCCGUGACUCGUCCGAGGCUGCAGAUCUGUUCAAAACACCACAGGAGGUGCUUGCUGGCACUACUUCCAGCAGAAGACGUCUCCUAGCAACCACUGUCCCAACCAAUCAGAUCUCUAACCCAGCAAUCUGUCUGGAACUGGAUGACAUGGUGAUGUUUAAGAUCUGGCUGAAUGACACUGACCGCACCAAGAGCCACUACCCGGUGUACCAGAAGGACCAUCUCUACAACACCAACCCCACCUUUGACUACGGCGCCUUCACGCAGAUGGCCAGUCUGGUCACCAACACUAAUGUCACGGUCACUACUUUCGCCCAUGUCUUCACUGAGGCUGGGAUAUUUGUGUUCAGUGAUUCACAGGAACCAGACAGUGAGAUUAUCAUCACAGUGAAGGCUGCUGGCACCACCUGUCCCAAUGGCGUGUCUCGCAUCCUGCCGUCAACGCCAGCCAACAUCGCAGCUAUGGGGGUGUACAAGCAGAGCGUUGCCAACGAGGCACCCGACUGGGGACUCAUCAUUGGUCUCAUCGCUUUUUUCGGAGCAUGUGUGGUGCUCCUGAUUGUGGCUGUGCUGGUGUGGAAACCGAGGGACUCGAUUAUCUAUCCCAUGAAACACUGGAAGCCCAAAUAUCGCAGCCUGGGAGCACCACCUCCCGUGCCAUCUUAUAUGCGGUAUGAUGUGGAUCACUGGCCAGAGAAGUGUGGUGGUGGUCAUCUUGGACCCCGACCAAGUGGAGAUGGAGCUGAAAUUUCUUCAGGAUCUUCAGUGGAUUUCCGCAAAGACCAUGAACUGGAGGACUUUAAUGUCCGGGUUCUGUACGACAAGCUUGAGGACCAGAACCUUCAUAUGGCAUCACAGUUGGCACGGCAACAAGAGGACCUGAGAGGAUUCUACAGCCGAAUCUCUGCCCAAAAUGAUGAACUGAAGAAACUCCUAAACAACCUUGACCCAGACAAACUGUCCGAUCUCGAACGUCGCCAACAGAAUCGUGGAGGCAGAAUGGAGAGAGAAGGACUACAGCAGGGUGCCAGUGAUGGCCCCACUGUGGUCAACGCUAACAUCAACAUGGGAAGCCACAACAAAUAUAAAUUUGGCCACACACGUGAGUCUGAGCUGAUGUCGGCUCUGCAGCUGCUUCUGGACAAGCUCAACUCGGGCAACAUCCCGAUGUCACGGGAGAUGUGGGAGAGGAUGCAGCGAGGCGAGGCAGGGGACUCCACUUCAAAGUUCAACAUCAACAGAACAGGAGGAGCACAGACGACUCAGGAUCAGGCGGAACUGCUGCGGCGCCAGAAUGGUGAGAAGAUGGAGCUGGAGCGUGACCUUGAGAAGGAUGAGAAGGAAGCUCUAGACAACAUUCUGCAGGACCAGGACGCCAAGAGACGUGGCAUCAUGGACGGCCUCAGCCAGGCGCUGGCGGUCAAGCUGCAGGGUGAUCUGAAGGACUCGGAGGUCAAGGACAUCCUGUCAAACCAUGAUCGUGACCUAGAGGCUGCACUGGCUACCCACAACAAGGAAAGGGACAGAUACUUGGAUGGUCUUCGCCACAAACUUGCCGAGAGGCGUAAACAGAGGGAAAGCAUGCUCAGAGAAAAGCAUCAGAGGGAGGCAGAGCAAGCUGGCUUGCCAAAGCCUGUAGAUGGUGCAGAUGACCUUGACAUUAAACUGAAGACAGAACAAGAGUUGAUGAACACACUUCAUUCGGAGGAGAUGGCUGGAUCGGCCAAGUCUGAGUCUGAUGCUGUGCCGGCCAUCUCUGACAUACAUCGAAAGAAGAUGUCAAAGGGAAUUAAGCAAAAACUUAAAUCACUGGGAGAUGAGAAGCUGGUGCAGGAGGAGCUGGUUGACCGUCUGCUGCAGUCCCAGCUGGAGCAGGAGGCACAGCUGCAACAGAAGAUGAGGAACUGGCAACAGCAGCAGAUAGAAACUACCCGGAGGAAGAUGGCAGAUCGGCGCAGACAGAGACUUAACAAUCUGAGAGACAAACAAGAAAGAGAAAUGGCUGAGCUGUCAACCAAGGUGAUCCAAGGUGGCAACCCAGAGCAACUGGACCGCCUGAAGAAGUCCCUGGAUGAACAGCAUCGCCAGGAGCGUGAGGCUGCAGAAGCAGAACUGGAUGCCCAGGAGAAUGAGCAGAUCAGACAAGCUACACUAGCCAUAGAUGAAGACCACACAGUCUCACUCAAAGACAUUCACAGAGACAUUUUGAAACAGAUCAACAAGCAUACACUGCCAGGUCAGGAGCUGGCUGUCCAGAGGAUGCUGGAGGACUACAAGCAGGAACUGGCAUCCCUGGACAUGGAGAUGACCAGCGAGAAGAACAGGCAGCUCAGUGACAUACAGGCGAGAAUAGCCACAAGACGUGCUCGUCGGUUGAGGGAUGCACAGAGAAGAAUGGAGGAGAGUGCAGCCCAGAAGUUUGUAGAGGAGCAGACACUCCAGAUGAAGCAAGCCGGCUCGGGGACGGGAGAGACACCUGGAGCUGACCUCCAUCACAUGCCAGAGGUCAAGUAUGGAGAGUCCAUCCAGGAACAGGCACUCAAGAAGGAACAGCAACGGGCCAAGGAGGAGCUGCGGAAGCGGCAGAAGCAGGAUCGUGAGCAGCUGGGAACCAAGUUAGAACAAGAAGCAACAGGCCAGGAGCAGGACCUGAGGAACAACCUCGACUCGGAGAGGGAGAAGAUCCUCCAUGAGAGGAAGAACAAGCUGGCAGCCGAGGCAGCUGCUCGGUCGGAUCUGAGUCAAGAACAACUUGCUGCACUGCUAGCCUCACACCAGCAGGAGUUGGACGACCUGGCAGACCGCCUGGACACAGAGCGUGACCGCCAACAGCUUGCAAUGAGGGAGAAGAUGGCACACAGACGUAAGCGUAAGAUGGAUCAGCUGAGACGCAAACAGGAGGCGGAGAUGACCCAAGAGAUGCUGGAACAGAAGAAGGAAGUGGAUGAGAUCAAACUGAAACAGGCGAAGGCUGUAGAGCAGAAGGCAAUCGAGGAGGGAAUCCGCCAGAAUGGUCAAGAGGACAGUGACAAGGUCAUCAAGGCUGUUCUUGCCAACAGACAUGCCCAGGAGCUGCGUGACUUGGAGAGUCAGUUUGAUGCCAAGAAGAAGGUGAUAGUUGAUGGGGCACUUAGCAAGCUACAUGACAAGUACGACAACGAGAGGGAUGCCAUGUUGAAACGACACCAGGACGAGCUCCAUGAGCUUCAGAAUCAAGGACUUGGCCCCCAGGAGCUACAGGACCGUCGAGCUGAUUUACUGAAUCGCCAACAGAUGGAGUUGUCUGACCUUGACCGCCGAUUGGCAGCAGAUGAGAAAGAGAUUGAACGCGGAGCUCUUGCAGACUGGGAGGUGCAGUUUGCCCGGGCACAGCUUGACCUGAAAGAGAAGCACUACAAGGAGUUCGCUGAGGCCUUGAAAAGAUACUCCCCAGAGAAAGAGGAUGCAGGUCAGGCUGAGAUGGCUGCCGAGGAGUUGGAGGAAGUGAAACAGAGGCUUGACGACCAAAGGAGAGAACAGGAGGAACGCCUCAAGAAGGAGCAGAAGGAGUUUGAGAAGGCGGAGAAGAAGCGGCUAGAAUCAGAGAUGGAGGAGUAUGCCAGACAACUGGAGGAGGAGACGAAACGAGACAAGGAGAAACAUGAGAAGAACAUCCACUCACUCAACAAGAGGAAGGAGGAUCUGGUCAAAGAACGCAAACAGAAGAUGCAGGAGGAGCUGGAACGCCUGAAGAACGACGGAGCCAGCAAGAGUGAGCAGGAACGCAUCAUGCAGCAGCAUGAUAAGGACCUGCAGUCUCUCCUCAACAAGAUGGAGGCCGACCGACUCAGGAUGAACACCAGUCUACAGGAGAGGAUCAAGAAGAGGAAGGAGGAGAAGCUGAAGAAGAAGGAGCAGGAGGUGAAGGACAACCUCCGCGAGGAGAAGCGCGACCUUGAGUCCCGCCAAAGGAGUGAAAGAGACAGACUCAAGACUGAUGAAAUGCUCACUCUACAAGAGACACUGAACAUCGACCUGUUGAGCAGACAGGACCCAGUGGGAAGUUCUGCACCACCUCCACAGGAAAUGACACCUCUGACCUCUGCCCCUGUUAGCCAGCCUGAGACACUUCCUGAAACGUACAACAUGGCUGCCCCUCUGAAUGAGGCUGAGCUGAUGAGUCUGCUUAUGGCAUCGCCGCUGUACAAAAAGCUGGAGUCCAUGAAGCAGACUCUGGCUGAUGGAGGGAAGUCUUCCACACCAGCACCAGGAGACACGUCCUUGGACUCGAGAGAUGCUGACUGGAUGAAUGACAAGGAACUCCAACCAGUUGACCUGAACAAGGUCACUUCAAGGUCUUUCAUUGUGUAUAAGUUCGGCUGCUUCGUUGCUGAUCUAGUAGGUCGCCAUUGUCACCAUGCUCCAGUCACCAUCCUGCUGGCUGACAAGAUCCCAGCCAAUGAACAUCUCACUGGAAACCUGUACCGCAACUCGUUUCACUUUGAUGCCAACAACCGUAUACUGUACCUUCGCUCAGCCCGUCUGGACUCGGUGGGAGAGUUCAUCUUGGUGAUGGUGCACUGUCUUGCCCAUGUCAAGUCAGGUGACCUACGAGAUGAUGCUAACCCAGCGUUCGUGAAGGAAUACCAGCGGGCUCUCACUGUCAUCUGUGAUGACCUGUUCUUUGCUCGCUUCAACCGAUCAUCCUCUGCCCUCUCCAAGUCCAACACUGGCAGUGACCUGGCUGCAGAGAAGAUGCUUCAGAACCUGUUCAACAACCACCACAACGAGGAUGGCAAGUCCAGGGUGGUGGAGGACCUCCUGGAGGUGAAACUCCUCCCCUCUGUAGACUCCCAGGGUUUGCGCUUUACACAGGACAGGAUUGAGGACAGACUUUCCAAGUAUUCGAACUUUUCGAUGACAAACAAACUGCAGAGCAUGCUGGGAAGUGUCAAAGACAAGAUGGUCCAGGCAGACGCGCAGGGAGCUACCCCCGCAGUCAACAGGAGGAUCAGGGAGCUCAGCCAAAAGUACUCCACUGCAGGCACUACAGUGCUGAAUCGGCAUGUCCCGCCUAGCUUCAUGAUGGCCAACAUGACGGGCACUGCCCUCUACAAUACAGUCUUCAAUAGCAUGGGCAAUCAAGGGGAGACAACUCCCACUGACGACACCAAAGAUAACACUCAUGACAAGUAUGACAAUCUCUGUGCUGACUUUGCUGAGGUCAACCAAAACAUUCUGAAAGUCAGUGAAAAUAUCGGAGCCCUGGAGACCGAAAUUACGGCAGAGAUGGAACUUGCUGAGAAAGGAGGAAGCAAGGAUCGCGGUAAACAUGACAGCCUCCGGAAGGCUGCAUCUGGGAAACUUACCCAGGCCAAAUCAAAUCUUGCAAAACUAGAAAUGGACAAGAAACGGAUUCUUGACCUGAUCAGUGACAACGAACCCCGUCUAGAACCAGACACCGAACAAUAACCCUUCCACAAAACAUUCAUGGAUGUCAGAUAGAUCUGCAAUUCAGACAGUUGUUUUAUAAAUGUUAUCAAAGUCAAAUUGAUUUAUCUUAUGGAAAGCAUUUUCAAGAAGGAAAUCAACAUAUUUGUAUGCUGUGUGGGUGUGUACUGGGAAUAAAAUGACCUUCACAAUUAUGAAAUGACAACCUGAAGAAGAGAAAUCAUCUUGAAUCCUGUGUGAACUUGUAUAUACAUAUAUGACUAUUUAUACUGAAACAUGAGACUGUGAUAAGCCACUGUGAUAUCUAUGUGUACAUUCCAUACUGUUGCGUUCAUAUUGGAACUUUGACAGCAUUAUGAAUUAUGUUUAUGUGAUUACAUGAUUACAUGAAGCUUUGUUUCUGGUGACAAAGACACGUUAGUCGAAUGGUUGGUUUAAUCAUUUUGUUUGAAUUUAUUUCACUAAUGGCAUCUUUACUUAAAGUUCCAGCAUUAUAGUACAGACAAUACUAGCAGUAGGAUGACAUAUUUGAUAUAUACAAUGAUUUGAUUUAAACUUCUUGUUAAUUUGACAAAAUCAAAAAUUAAAUAAUUACCUCAGACUUUGCAUUAUUGGUUUUCUUUAAAAUAUUUUGAUCAUUAUAAUGAUGUUAUUUCCAAUUUUGUUUGAAAUAUCUAAAGUCCUCACGUAAUUCCUGAAUAGUGGUGCGCAGGUAGCAUUACAUUGAUUAUCAAAUGCUCUCAAAGAUUUCUUAAUAAAAUGUGUUUUAUUAUAUGUCUACACAGAUUAUAUAUGUAUUUUCUAUUGUAUGCCUUAAUUGCAAUGACUAAUAAAAAAUGUAAUGUUAUUUUUUUUAACCAUGAACCAGGUGUCUCUCCAUAUUGGACACUAACUCCGUCCUCUUUUUCCUGUUGUUGCUUAUGGGCUGGUUUAUGUCCCCGCUUUUAUUGAUAUGAUCUUUUUGAAAUAAACAUGUUUAUACAUAUUUUACAGCAUAGAUACAGAUAAAAAAUAUGAAGAAA